AUGGGCUCCGUGCUGCCCGGCUCCUCGCUGGCCCUCAAGCCGGCCUUCAGGCCGCAGCAGCCGCUCUCCCUGGCGGACGUCAUCACCUCCGACGUCCUGCACAGCUUCCUGUACGGCCGCUGGAGGCACGUCCUGGCCGAGCAGCAGCAGCAGCACCCCCCGCAUCACCCGCAGCACCACCCGCAGCAUCAGCACCACCCGCAGCAUCAGCACCACCCGCAGCAUCAGCACCACCACCCGCAUCAGCAGCACGAGGACCGCGCCGCCCCCAGCAGCAGCCCCAAGACCGCCUUCACCGCCGAGGUGCUGGCGCAGUCCUUCUCCGGAGAGGUGCAGAAGCUGUCCAGCUUGGUGCUGCCCAGUGAGGUGAUCAUCGCCCAGAGUUCAGUCCCAGGAGAAGGUCUGGGUAUUUUCUCUAAAACCUGGAUCAAAGCCGGGACGGAGAUGGGACCGUUCACCGGACGCCUGGUCUCCCCCGAACACAUCGACCUGUACAAGAACAACAACCUCAUGUGGGAGGUGUUCAACGAGGACGGGACCGUCAGGUACUUCAUCGAUGCCAGCCAGGAGGACCAGAGGAGCUGGAUGACCUACAUCAAGUGUGCCCGGAACGAGCAGGAGCAGAACCUGGAGGUGGUCCAGAUCGGCAGCAGCAUCUUCUACAAGGCUGUGGAGACCAUCCCUCCGGACCAGGAGCUGCUGGUCUGGUAUGGAAAUUCACACAACACCUUCCUUGGAAUUCCUGGAAUUCCCGGAGGAGACGAGGAGCAGAGCAAGAAGACAAAAAGUGAUGACUUCCAUACCUGUGAAGGCUCCUCCUCUUCCUCUUCCUUGCCGUCCUCCACCUCUUCCUCCUCCUCCUCCUCCUCGUCCUCCUCCAUCAGCCUGGGGCGCAUGCGCUGCGUCAUCUGCCACCGGGGCUUCAACUCGCGGAGCAACCUGCGCUCGCACAUGCGCAUCCACACGCUGGACAAGCCGUUCGUGUGCCGCUUCUGCAACCGCCGCUUCAGCCAGUCGUCCACGCUGCGCAACCACGUGCGGCUGCACACGGGCGAGCGGCCCUACAAGUGCCACGUGUGCCAGUCCGCGUACUCGCAGCUGGCCGGCCUGCGCGCCCACCAGAAGAGUGCGCGGCACCGGCCCACCGGGGGGGAGGCGGCGGCCGCGGGAGGAGGAGUGGUGGUGAUCGGGGCAGGGGGGAGGGUGGGGGUGCACUCACCCCCACCUCACCCGCCGCAGCUGACCGCCGUGCCCCACCCCGCCUCGCUGGUGCACCACAUCCCCACCAUGGUGCUGUGACCUGCAUGAUACUGUCCGGUUCCUGCUCAGGCCAGACCGCUGGAGCAGCAGGAAACUCAUCUGCAAAAGUUAGGACCCCCUGUUAGAGCCCAGAUAUACUUGCAGUUCAGGCCGCGUACGCGUCAUGGCCGCCACGCGUAUCCUGCGUUCAUUUGACGCGUCGAUGUGCACGUUCUCAAAAAGACACUGAACGCGUACGCUGGUCGUGGUCUGAUACCAGCGGGCAGCAGGUGAUGACGUGGAGGUCGCUGGAGCCAUUUCCUUUGGCGAGAUCCCAACCAAAGCAAUGUUAUAAUCUCCUACAUCAUCCAAUGGUGUCAUG